AUGCGAAAAUCGCAGAAAGCUCAGCCUUCUCCCAUGUUCUCAGGGUUCCAGAGACGCAAUGUCAACGCUGAGCAAGUCAGAGCAGCCCUGUUCAACGCGAACCAGAUCAUGAUUCUUGUGGGAGAGACGGGCUGCGGAAAGACAACACAGAUUCCGCAAUUCAUUGCCUACACUGACCUUCCCCAUCUUCAUGGCAAAGUGGUUGGGUGCACCCAACCCCGUCGGGUAGCAGCCAUGUCUGUGGCCCAGCGAGUCGCAGAGGAGAUGGACGUGAAGCUAGGCAAGCAAGUCGGCUACGCGAUCAGGUUCGAAGAUGUUACAGAACCCGGGACGACAUUCCUCAAAUACAUGACGGACGGCCUUUUGCUGCGAGAGGCAAUGACGGACCCCGACCUACGCAAGUACUCCACCAUCAUCCUGGACGAAGCACACGAACGGACACUAUCCACCGACAUCUUAAUGAGCCUUCUCAAAACGCUGGCACACCGGAGGAGAGACCUGAAGAUCGUCAUCAUGUCCGCGACCCUCGAUGCCGCCAAGUUCCAGAGGUAUUUUUCGACCGUCGAUGGAAAGGUUGGAGCUAUCAAUGUGCCUAUCCUCAAAGUUCGUGGAAGGACAUUCCCGGUCGAGGUGUUCUAUACGCCAGAACCAGAGCCGGACUACUUCGACGCAGCCAUACGGACAGCAUUAAUGAUUCACCGCGCUGAAGGUCCUGGGGACAUCCUCGUAUUCCUCACUGGAGAAGAAGAGAUCGAAGACGCGUGUCGAACAAUCCAGAACGAAGUCGACGAAAUCAACAACGAGCAUCCAGGAACCAUGAAUCCCGUCCUCUGUAUCCCGCUCUACUCCUCUCUACCGCCUCAACAGCAGCAACGCGUAUUUCAACCCACCCAACGUCUAGCCAACGGAGCAUUCAUUCGAAAGAUCGUCAUCAGCACUAACAUCGCCGAAACCAGUCUGACGAUUGACGGUAUCGUGUAUGUCAUCGACCCUGGUUUCUCGAAGCAGAAGAUCUUCCAUCCCAGAGCAAGGCUUGAAAGUCUUAUCGUCAGUCCUAUCAGCAAGGCGAGUGCACAUCAAAGGGCAGGAAGAGCUGGGAGAACCCAACCCGGGAAAUGCUUUAGGAUUUAUACAGAAGCGGACUUCCAGGCACAGUUGACGGAACAGAAUCCACCGGAGAUCUCGAGGUCGAGUUUGGCGGAUGUCGUAUUGGAACUUGCGAAAUUAGGAAUCAAGAACGUGGCCACUUUCGACUACAUGGAUCCUCCUGCCCCAGAAACGUUGAUGAGAGCAUUGGAGUCGUUGCAUUACCUUGGGGCUCUUGACGAGCAGGGUAACAUUACACCACUGGGCUCAAUGAUGGCUGAAUAUCCACUGGAUCCUCAGAUGGCCAAAACCCUCAUCGUAUCUCCCAACUAUGGGUGCAGCGACGAAAUCCUUACCAUUGUGGCCAUGCUGUCUGUUCCCCCUGUUUUCUCUCGGCCUUUCAACAGGCGCUAUGAAGCCGACAAAGCCAAAGCUGCGCUCACAGUUCCCGAAGGCGACCACAUGACCCUCCUGAACGUCUACAACCUCUACCAACAGAACAAAUGGAACCAGCAAUGGACAUGGACCAACUACCUCUCCGCACGCGCACUCAAGCAAGCGGAAAACGUACGGGCCCAGCUGAAACGCAUAAUGGAACGACACGGCCUCAAAGUGGUAUCCGGAACCGCAGAAGGGAAGGACCCCAAUCGACUUUCCGAAUCGAUCGAGAAGGCUCUGAUCAGCGGGUUUUUCGCACAAGUUGCGUACAGAGAUGAGCGGGGAACAUACUUGACUGUGAAGGACAACCAGCCUGCCGGUUUACAUCCCGCGUGUGGUUUCAAAGGUCAUAGACCUGAAUGGGUGUUGUACAAUGAUUGCGUGGUGUUAACCGACACCAAUUAUCUCUCAACAGUGACAGAGAUCGAGCCAGAACUGUCAGUUUGGUUUCUUGGUUCCCGUCUCGUUGCACACGCUGAUAUGCUCGUCUUCACCGUGCUAGCCUCCUCGAAAUCGCGCCAGAUUAUUACGACCUUUCGACGUACCCGAAUUCCGCGAGCAAGCGUGCAUUGCAAGAGGUGGCAGCCAUGA